UAAAAAAAUGGGUUAUUGUCACUCUCAAGGAAAAAGAAGCUUAAACCCUGAUGCCCCAGAAUUCCACCCCAAUUUCAACUGUUUUUCUACUAAUCACACUAAUACUAGUGUUACUAAUUUAAUUCGCCCUCCUAAUCAUAUUCAUGUUCAUCCCCCUAAUUACUAUCAUUCACAUCUUCCUCUUCCUCUUCCUCACAAUCAUUUUCUCUCUCCUCCAAUUCACCAAAACUACCCUUAUAACGGUGUAGUCUUCCCUCACCUUAACCAUCCUGGCCCAAGCCCCAUGCAACCACAGCCGCAACCGCAACCGCAACCGCCGCAAAGGCAGCUAGCUGAAGCUCCUCUAGUGUGGCGGCCUAAAAGCCGAGCUGCUUCUAGACUAAAAGGCGGUGGUGUGGCUGUGAGAGGAAGAAGUACUAGUAGAAGAAGGGUUGAGUUUAGCAAUAAAGAGAGAAAACAAGGGUUUGAGUAUAAUAAUAAUAAUAAUAAUAAUAAUGAUUUUAGUAAAUUAGGGAGAAUAAGUGGAGAGAAAAUGAGAGAGAAAGCGGUGAUUAUUCCGGUGAAGCCUAAUGGAACGGAGACUACUGCCAUGAUCAGGAACAUUCCUAAUCAAUAUACGCGUGAGAUGUUGAUUAAGUUUUUGGAUGAGUUCUGCCGUUUGGAGAAUCAAAAAUUGGAGCCGAAUGAUAAGCGUCAACCAUUUGCUGCAUACAAUUUCAUCUACUUGCCUAUAGACUUCGUGAGACGUGCUAACAAAGGGUAUGCCUUUGUCAAUUUCACCAAUCCGGUCGCGGUGUGGAAGCUUCACCUUGCUUAUAGUAAUCAGACCUGGGAUCAUUUCAAGUCUACUAAGAUUUGUAGGAUCAAUUGUGCUACCAUCCAGGGAAAGGAAAGUCUCUUAAAUCAUUUUGGUAAGAGCAUCUUCGUGUGCAACCACGAGGACUACUUACCAGUUUGUUUUAGCCCUCCGAGAGACGGUUCUGGUGCGUCAGUGGAGGAAACUACGAUUGGCAAACAUAUCUCCUCAUCCUCGAGAUUGAUCGGUUGAUGCAGUUGUAGGACAUUAAUUAAGCCUCUAGUCAUUUUCAAUUAUUGAUCGUUUAUGAUCAUGGUAUUUAGGGGUCUAUAUAUGUGUACUACUAUAUAUUUUGGUAUCAUCGGAGGGUUGAAUUCGGCGCCUGAUCUAAGUCUAAUUUUCUGGAGAAGGGAAUGUUACGUUGGAUAUAACACCGAAAAUAGACUCCAUUUCGUGAAGGUUUAUUUUCAGUCUUAUGCCCAGCUAUAGGCAUAGAUAGGUGGUUGGUUCCACCCUUGAUCAAGGAAGUUUAUGUUAGUUAGUUGUACUAAUUUCUCUAGUGUAAUUUGUAAUUCCAGUAAAUCCUUCAUUUGACUUUAAAUGCUGUCGUUUGUAAUGUUGCUUUAUGGUUUACGGAGUAUUAUUUUUUGUAGGCUUGAUCAAAAGGCGGAUUGGUCCGGGUCACGACCAAAAAUCAGCGUAUUAUGUCAGAUAGCUAGGGCCGGGUCAAAGUUUGUCCAA